GUGACCCUUACAAUCUCUCAAGACAACAAAUGAUAAAUUUCAUCCCUCCUGCUGAUAAGGAAUUUUUACAAAAUAUAAACACUGAUGGGACAAAACCCGUGAGCGACUCGGUAGAGUUCGUUGUCGGAUACUAUUAUAGCGUCCACAUUGGGGAGGAUUAAGCGGAGUAAUACAGACAUGGCACCUGGACUUUCUUGUCAGCUACCGACAAGGAAAACCUGUCGUUAUAUCCUCAGCCUCGUUUGGAGUACUCGUAACCUUCUGAUUGUCAUUAUUACCCCCAUCAUUCUGCUCCCGAUGCUAACACUAGUGAAAGGAAACGAAGCAAAAUGUGCGUACUGUAUUGUUGUAAUGGCGAUAUUGUGGAUAACAGAGGCUCUUCCCAUUGCCGUGACGUCACUAUUACCCAUUAUCCUGUUUCCAAUGGUAGGGUUGUUGAGUGCAAAAGAUGUCUCCAACAAAUAUCUUAAUGACACCGCCAUGUUGUUUGUUGGAGGUCUGAUCGUGGCAGCAGCCAUUGAGUACUGGAACAUCCACAAACGUCUGGCCCUCAGAGUCCUCAUGCUUGUUGGGUCCGAACCAAGAUGGUUGAUGCUUGGGAUGAUGUUACCCACGUGGUUUCUGUCUAUGUGGAUCAGCAACACAGCCACCACGGCCAUGAUGAUUCCUAUCGCGAAUGCUGUCUUGGUUCAGCUCAAAGAAACACGUAUUACAAAAGAGGCUGAAGGUGACGAUAUAGAAGACCUAGUUGUUCAAGUAGAAAUGACAGCGCAGAAUGAUUCUUUGGGAAAAAAUGAAGGCAAAACGACAAAAACUGAAAAAACGGUUGAAAACGUGGAGGCAGAUAGCCCUGAAUAUUUACGCAUGUGCAAAGCCCUGUCGUUAGGUAUUGCUUAUGCCGCUAAUUGUGGAGGUGUGGCCAGUCUUACGGGAACCAACCCUAACGUCAUCAUGAAAGGUGUGGCUGACAAAGUAUUUCAGGAACGAAAUGCUCCAUCUCCCGUGACUUUUGCAACCUGGAUCCAGUUCUGUCUUCCAAUCUCUGCAAUCGUUGUCGUGUUUAUAUGGAUAUGGCUACAAUUCGUUUUCCUUCGAUGCAGAACAAAAAGAAACACCCCGGAACAAACACAAAGAGUCAGAGACGUCAUCAGAAUGGAAUAUGCAAGCCUUGGACCAAUUAGCUUUGCCCAGGGAGCUGUUAUUGUUCACUUUGUCUUAUUGGCAGUAUUAUGGAUCACAAGGGACUUGGGAGGUGUCGGUGGAUGGGGUAACAUUUUCCAACCUAAGACGGUCACUGAUUCGACGCCAUCCAUUCUUAUUUCCAUCAGUCUAUUUCUAUUUCCUGCAGUUCUGCCUUGGAAAUUCAGCGAGAGAACAAAAGGCAAAUCUUUGCCAGCUCUGUUGCCUUGGAAAGCAGCAGAAAAGAUGGUUCCUUGGGGAGUGGUGCUGUUGCUUGGUGGUGGAUUUGCCUUGGCUCAUGGUAGCCAGGCUUCUGGUUUAUCGACUUGGCUUGGCUGUGAAUUGAAAGUGUUUAAGGAUUUCGAACCUUGGGUGAUGAAUCUGGUUCUGUGCUUCAUAGUAGCAGCAGCCACUGAAGUGACAAGCAACACAGCUAUUUGUUCUCUGAUGAUGCCAAUAAUGAGUGAAUUGGCUUUAACACUUGGUGUUAAUCCUCUUUACUUUAUGUUUCCAACUGCCAUUGCCACCUCGUUUGCAUUCAUGCUUCCUGUGGCUACUCCUCCGAAUGCAGUUGUUUUUUCCUAUGGAUAUGUUAAAGUUUCAGACAUGGCUAUGACAGGUUUUUUCAUCAACAUUUUUGCCGUGUUUGUACUGGUUAUGGGGACGGAAACCUGGGGAGAAGCCAUUUUUGGUUUUCAUACACUGCCCUCCGUCUUCGAAACAGCAAACAUCACCACUUCCAAUUCAUCUCUGAAUUGUUGAUGCUAAUGCCAUCUCUCCUGUAAUAGUCAAUAUCACAAUUUGACUUAUACAAAAGUGAAUAACAGAUCUGAUAUUCUAUAUAUGAAGAUACAGUUCUUUGUAAUAUUGGCUGCAUCUGUAUGAAUCGUUAUCUUGUUUUUGUUCAUACACAGUAAAGGAAUUGAUGCUGUUUAAUCGUGUUAUGAAUUUUGUAUGAGAUUGCAGCAGUAAAUUCGUUCAUAUUAGAAGGUUGAUGUUGUUGUAAUUGAAUUUUCAUGUAUAAAAGGAAAUAUUUACCCAAAUGUACUUAACCUAUAUGUAUGCACAAAUAAAAAACUUGUUCAUCGAAGCAG